AUGACCACACUCCGCGACCCCGCCUCGAUUCACUCGCAACUCCAUCGCAAGAAGAGCCUGCAGCUCGAUCGCAAGCAAGAUGUCUCUCGGUCGCACUUGGGGAAGCGCGCUUCGUUCGCCGCUUUCUCGUCGCUGGUUCGCGACACCGUUUCGUGGGCUGGCGAUACCCUGAAUACCUACCGAGAUGGCUUGUCGAGGGAGGAGCGGGAGAAGAAAUUACGCGAUGAUGAUCGCAAACAAGUCCUUUAUCUGAAGAUGCGCAAUGCCGUGUCCUUCGACGAGUGGCGCGCCUGCGCCAGCGAACUCGACGAGCUCGAGGGUAACAAUGUGUGGAAGGAGACUUUUGAAUCCGAUCAAUAUGAUCCUGCAAUGGUUCUGGAACGGAUGAGACAGUUGGAAGAUGCGCGAAUCAGCUGCGAUGUCUCUCGCAUGUUGUUCUUGAUUCGGACCGCCUUGAGCAGAGACCUGGGAAACAUGAGCGAAUCGGCGCUAUAUCAGCAUACCCAUAUCGGAACGAAGAAUCUUAUUGACCAGUACAUCAACACUGCCGUGAAUACAAUUUCGACGCUUCUGGACCUAACCGGAAACGACCGAUGCGAUCCUGCCGAGAUGCAGUACAUUCUAGAUUCACUACUAUCGGCUCGACAAGCGUUCGGUCGCAGCGCUGUACUUUUAUCGGGCGGUGGAACGUUUGGCAUGAAUCAUGUUGGCGUUGUCAAGGCUUUGUGGGAAGCAAAGGUUGCUCCUCGCAUUAUUUCUGGGGCGUCUGCCGGCAGCAUCGUUGCGGCUAUAUACUGUGCGCAUACCGACGACGAGCUUCCUACAGUCUUGGAUGAAUUUCCAUAUGGCGAUCUGUCUGUCUUUGAACCAGAGGGGAAGCAACUUCCUCCACUGCAGAAGGUCGCUCGCUUUCUCAAAUAUGGGUCUAUAUACGACUCCUGUCAUCUCGAAAGAGCCAUGAGGAAUUGGCUAGGAGAUAUGACAUUUCACGAAGCCUACAAUCGUACGCGCAAGAUUUUGAACAUUUGUAUAUCAAGUGCCGGUCUCUAUGAACUUCCGCGACUGUUGAAUUAUAUUACUGCCCCCAACGUACUAAUAUGGUCCGCGAUAACUGUCUCUUGCUCCGUCCCAUUAGUCUUUUCGCCGUCAGUGCUGAUGGCAAAGGAUCCACUGACUGGGGAGACCGUACCCUGGCACGACGACCGUCGGAAUUGGAUAGACGGUUCCGUUGACGGUGACCUUCCCAUGACACGUCUUGCUGAGAUGUUUAAUGUCAACCAUUUCAUCGUAUCGCAAGUAAAUCCUCACGUUGUCCCUUUCCUGGCCAAGGAAGAGGGACCAGGAGCCGAAUCUAGUCGCCAACACUGGCUUAGCUCUCCGUGGCUCAACACGAUGACAAAUCUCGCUCGUGAUGAGGCUUUGCACCGAAUAUCCGUCCUCUCCGAAAUGGGUAUUUUUCAGAACGAGUUCAUGAAAACGGCAUCUAUAUUAAGCCAGAAAUAUUCAGGGGAUAUCAACAUAUUCCCAGAGAUUCCAUAUGCUCACUUUCCACGCAUCCUUCAGAACCCGACAACUGAAUUUAUCUUGAAGACGUGUUUGUGCGGCGAACGAGCGACCUGGCCUAAGAUCUCACGGGCUCGGAGCCAUCUCGCCAUCGAGUUAGCUUUAGAUUCUGCUGUUCGAACAAUGCGUGCGCGAGUGGCCCUUAGUCCUCCGAUGGCAGCUAGUUUCUGGGCAGCGAACUCAAACGGCCAUCACCCCGUGCCAACUGAGGAACACCGAGAAGUCCAGCGGCGACCAUCGCAGAGGCGAAGCUCGUACAGUCACGAAUUAGGUAAGACAAAGAGUAGCCGAGCAACGUCAACCCGUCGACCUGGCGUGGGCUUAAAAAAAGCCCACAGCUCCUUGUCAGUGGGAUACAUCGAAAUUCCACGACCGAUCAGUCCUGUUGCUCACCCAAAACUGCAACGGGUCAUGAUUCCAGGAGCAGAGCGACGACAGAGCAAGGGUGUCUCCAUUACUGCUAAUCCGGGAAAUGCCCCCUUCGUCGUAGGAACGGACAGCGAAGACGAGUCUUUCCUUUCAUGGACGCGAUCCGCCAUGCACUCGCAGAAUACUGCAUGGACAACCUCAUCAGUUCGGCCUUGCUCACCCCGGUCAUCUCUAUCAAAUAGAACGAGUCCGGCGACCUCCCGGCGAUCUUCUGUUGCUAAAGCAACACCAGUCCCCAUGCGACCGCCCUCUAGAGAAACGCCACCCGCUGCGAGAAAGUCACGCUCGCCUGGGGUCUGA